AUGGCAGAUAAGCCAUCCAAUACUCGCGCCGCCGAGGCUGCGUGCGUUGAAGAUUACAAUGAUGAGUCCGAGACUGCGGUGCCAGAAACCAGGAAAACAGCAAACAUUACCGCGAAACGGUCCAAGCUGGACGGCACCAAACCUCAAGUCGCUCGCGACGAGUUCAGCGACUCGGGACACUCAAGUCAGACACUCGCAACCUUAGGGAGCACAAAUUCAUCGCUCCAGUCCAAGUCUGGCUUAGACACCAUCAGAGCUGAGUCACAUGCCGUCGCAGGCAAGACGAGGCCCACCAAGGGAGAGGAAAAGCCUCAUAGCAAGUCACGAAGCCCGGAGAAACCACUCUCACAGAAGGCUGCUUCGAAUAGCCGGAAGGAGGAGAUUGUGCGAAAGGAGUCAUGCAGCUGCAGAGGUUGCGUCGCAAAGGCGCGCCACGCUACCUCUCACCACCCCAGUAAAUCGACAGGGAAAGCUAGAGCGCCAGUCCCAGAAGUAUCACAACCGAUGAGACGUGCACAGGUACCCCAACACGCUCCUUCUCGACCAAGAGCCUCGACCUCGCUUUCAUACCAUCGAGAACGACCCCUAAGCUUGUACGCCGGCGUGGCAUCUGAAUCUCUCUAUAUCCAAUCACCACAGCCUAUAUACGUUGAGUCUCCGCCGACCGUGAGCUACGCUCCCACCGCUCCAAUUGUGUCACCUUCCUACCCACCGCACCCAACCUCAUACUUCCCACCACCACAGCCAAUCCACCAAGCUCAACAAAUCUAUACUUCUCAGCCCUCUCCAUACGAGAACUGGCCUCAUCCGCGCCCACGACAUUGGACAUCGGAUGACCACCUUCCCUCUCGCCCUCAGUCAGUGCUCUAUACAACUACGCCAAUCAUCGAACACGUAGAGCCAGUCUAUGCUCCUGUUCAGCCCUCUGCGCGGCCGAUAUCCCGCCAACUGUCGCAUCGUGAGUGCCCACGGGCCUUGCCAGAGCAACGCUCUGCACGCGAUGAAGAUUACUACAACAUGCCUCCUCCUGCUCCACCACCACCAAGAUUAAAUACUGCGUCUCACCAAGAUCGCAGACCAGCUAUCCGGCAUGCCGUAACUGCUGAGAGUCGUCCUACACUUACUCACCGCCGGACUGUACGAGAUGAGAGUACUACGGCACAUGUGGGCCAUGAGAGUCCCGUCAGACAAAGCCACGGCGCACAUGAGCGCGCGGGACGACUCUCUCGCAAUACGAGCAACGAAACAGUUCCCAAAACCCAUAGCAUCGAGCGCGGCAUGGUUCGUACUAAUAUCGAAAGCGAUGCGGCAAAGCGCAGGCGGCGAGCCACUGUCUACGGUCACGAAUCCUUCAACGAGCUUACAGACGGGGUCGAAGCAUACCAAGCGUCCAGAGGAAACGGUCGAACAUCGAAUCAUAUUCCAAUCUCGCCGACCCUUCUCAUGCGAAAGAAGACACAUACAAGCAGCAAAAGUAGUGAAACGAGCAGUCGCAAGAGUGGAAAGAGCGGGAAGAGCAGGACGAGCAAGACAAGCAGAGCUGGGAGUGAUCUCAAGUCCCGGCGGCCAAGCGAGAAUGAAAAAUUCUCUAUGCGCGUUGAUGCCUCUCACGACGUCAAUGUCGACCUGAAAGGUGGUAUGGAGGGUCGGAGGAUCAGCGUCCGCCAUAAAAAAGACGAAGGAGAAAUGGAAUUUAGCAUCGGAUCCCGAGGGAGAACAACAGCUGGGCGCGAAAGCCGAGAGAAGAGCCGCAAACACUACUCCGACAGGGACGGUCAGAGCGAGACUGCGAUUGAGCGGACGAGAACUACGAGUCGACCACCCAUGAAGAUGAGGGAAAAUGAAGAGAAUGAACCAGAGCCGAGGAUCGUCCGAGAGCGGAUUAUGACUAGGACUAGAAGUCUCGGAGGCAGCAGCAGAGUUAGAGGUGAACGAGUGGAUUUCGUCUAG